GAGGCAGCUCCUGGAAGAGCCGGCCGGGAUGAAUGCUGCGGCGUGGGCGAUGCUGGGCUGGAUGCUGAGCGGGAAGAGCUUCCAGGGAGAAGCCCAGUUGCCUAUCAAAUGCUAUAAAGAAGAUGGGCCUCAUCCUGAGUUGGAACAAGAACAUAGAUUCACACCAGCAGAUCUUUUUAAUAUCAGCAUCAAGAUUGUUGAAAUACAAGGAAUAUGCAAAUUUAACAUAAGUUGGAUCCUUAAUGAAGACGCCAGUAUACAAUACUUGAAGGCAACCAAGAUAUGUGAAUCCCGUGAAGGCUGUAUUCGAUGUGAUUACCUAGAAGCAUUUCAAAGUCAAACCAUGUCUGAGCAUCAAAAAUGGCAAUUCAACUUUGUUGGAUUCUCUGUAGAAGAAAAUACUAAGUACUUCAUUGAUGCUUACAACCUUCCACCACCAAAUAUAGAUCAAGAUCAUUCAAAAACACAGAUGAAUCUAAUUUCUCCAGACUGUGAAGAUAAUAGUUUGAAAUAUUGCCAAAAGUGUAUAGAAAAAGGGAGUUUAUGGAAUCCACAUAUAACAAUAUGUAACAGGGAAUUUGAACUAGAAGUGAAUUUUACACCUAGUAACUUUUGUUCCAAAUAUAAAAUCCAUCUUUGUGACUCUGAUGAAUGCGAUAAUUCAAUUCUUCAUGUUGUGCCUAAUACCAAGGGAAACAAUAUUAGAGUUUCUGAAAAAAUAAGAAUGAGUGAUCAAGAAAGAAACUUAAUAUUUAAAGAGCUAAUUCCUUAUUUUCCAGGAUGUCAAAAUGAUUGCAAAAGAUACUCAUAUUAUCAAACAGUUUGCACUGAAGAACCUAUCCCUGAACCAAAAGCUACAGACAGACCAGAUAUGGGAAAAAUAUAUGCUGGCCUAUUCAUCGCUUUACUUCUGAUAGUGUGCAUAGUUGCUGCUGUGCUUUAUUUCAAGAGUAGGCAUGGUCCAACAAGUAAUCUGGCUCAUUUCCAUCCUAUAACAGCACAAACACCAAUAACAAUUCUUAUUGUAUAUUCUCAAGAAGCCUGUUUACAGCAUACCGUCCUAAGUUUUGCUGAAUUUCUACAGGAAUACUGUCAAAGUAAUGUUAUAAUAGACCUGUGGCAAAAACGGAGAAUUGCUGAAAUAGGACCUGUGCAAUGGCUUGCUACUCAGAAAGAAAUUGCUGAUAAAGUCAUUUUUCUUUGCCCAACCCACUCAAGUGCUUCAUGUGAUUCAACCUGUAAUAGCAUUAUAGAAAACCAGAAGGAUUCUGAAUGUAUGUUCACUCUUGCAUUACACUUCUUCUGCAGUGAUUGGAAGAUGGAUUCUUCUCUUUGCAAGUACAUGGUUGUUUCUUUCAAUGAAACACAUCCAGACCCAAUUCUCCCAAGUCCAUUGAGCAUCUGCCCAAACUAUUUUUUAAUGAAAGAUAUAGACUCUUUUUUUAGAGACCUUUACGUUUUACAAAAUCAGAGGCAUAAAGCUGCAAAGGAGAAGUGGAACUGGAAAUUUAAGAUUAGACCUGGAUUGCAGGUAUAGUAUUAAAACAGAGAUUGUUAAUCUUUUUUCUCUUCUAACUGUAACAGUGAAUUAAUAUUGUAAGCUGGAAAUAUUCAUACAUUUUGCAUCCAUAAUACUUGUACACUAUUUUUAUACUUUUACUGCUUUAAUAUACAAAAA